AUGAACACUGGAUUCACGUUCCCGCCCAACGAGGGCGAAUCAAAGAUCGGAGGCUUCAAAUUUCCACCAAGCGCAGAUGAUGCAGCCGAAGAGCCAUCUGCCGGUGAUGAAAGUGCGACUCCGGACCCUUAUGUCGAACAACAAGCUCAGUCAGAUGACAAAAAUGCCGUAACAGAAUCAAAUGAUCCAGCUCAACCAACAGAAACUUCACCUGGCAUUAUAAGAGCAUCAACACCGCUAAUAGCUGAGCAGAUUCAUGAACCAACUGGCCUUGCCUCCUCUGAAGUUAAUGUUACUCAGGCACCUAUCAACGCCGCUUCUACCAGCAAAUCUUUCGUCAAUGAGUACGCAGAGAACAUGCGCCAGCAUUUGGCCACCGAUUGGAAAAGCCCCUCAGAGUACGCGCUGCAUAUUCUGUUUACAAAGUUCGUUCGACAUGCUGGGAGCAAAUUGAAUCUGUGCUUACAAUAUCCUCUUGAUUCUGAGCCUCCCAUCGUCGAUCUCCUGGGCGAAGGCGUCGACCAAGCAUUUGACCAAAUCAUUGAAUCUUUGGGGUACAUUUCAAAAAAUAAGCCGAAGCCGGUUAUAGAUGCAAUGAUGUUUUGGAGGAAAACAAAGUCUGAAGUGGCUGCUGUUGCCGCGGAAAAUGUCGAGAAACUUCUCCAAGAAUACGACCAUAUUAAACAAAGCUUUGCUAUUCAAGAGAGCGCGAAGAGUCCACACUCUGGAACACCGACUCACCGAACAAAUGCUAAGUCGGGUAGCUCCAGCAGCAAGUUUUCACACAAGCGCAACAAUUCUUCCAAAUCAUAUGCCAGCUCCAACAGUGCAGCUGAGUUACGAUUGCGCGUGGUUGAGGAUCAAAUAGAAGCUGCCAAAGAGACCGCUUUCCAGGCUGACAGAAAGUCACUGAUCAGUAUCUACAUCUUAUGCCGCGUGCUUAUUGAGAUAGUCAGGCAGGGGCCAGAUUCCUCGGACGAUGACCUUCACGAAAAGUUAGAAGAAAUUGUUUUCACGCAGUUGAAGACGACGGAUCCUAUUUCCAUUUCUUCAAGUAUAAUAAAAUCUUCAAACUGGAAUUCGUUUGCAGAGCUCCUUGGAUGCAUGUCUGAGACAAAGUUCGUGGCUGUCAGUGACCGUUUCAUUGCCGACUUAGAGAAAAUGCCAUCACUGCUUCCACGGGAGCUAGAGCCCUCCGUACAUCUAUUGAUAUUAGGCAUGAGAUACCUGAGACUGAAAAACUACCCACUUGAGCAGUUCGAGGAGAGUGCAGACUUUAUAAAGUCGCUAGCGAAAUUCUUUGCAACAUCCCAAAACCACUCUAUUCGGCUAGCAUAUGCUGAAGUCAUCAGCCAACUACUGCUGCCCUUGGCUGGAUCUUUGACAGCAGAAGUUAAUCACCCAACCUGGGUAGAAGCAAUGGCAUUGAUUUUAGACACCUGCAAAAAACUUCAGACUGACAACAAGUUUUGGUCUAGCUCUUUCAAACUAACCGUUACAAUCCUGUGUGUUUCACCUCAGGAGUUGUUCUCCGAGCACUGGAUGCCCCUUUUGGAAAACAACAUUAUAAAAGUUAAAUCAAAGAGCUUGGAUGAGCGCGUCGUCUUUGCAACAGGAUUGUCAAGACUAAUGUGGGUUUACCUUUUCAGAUGUACAGAAACCUUGAAUAAUACAGAGAGGCGACUGAAAAAGUUGUUUUCCCUAUUCCUCAGUACAAAGAAAAAAGACAACUGGAUUACAACUGAUAUGGAUUUGAUUAAUCCACUGACCGACAUGUUAGUAACCAUAGGUUCACUGCAUCCAGUAUUCAUAGUGGAAAACAUAAUAAUACCGCUGACGAGAGCCUCUUUUAAUGGGUCUACAUUAGAAAACCUUAGCUUUGAAAAACUCAUCCUUGCUAUCGAUUCAUAUAGAGGUCUCCUUGUGUCAUCAGAACGUCCAGAAUUCCCAGAAAACGACUGCCGGUUUUAUGAACUUAAUUUGAACAAAGUGUCUGGGAAAAUGGGCAACGCUGUAGCCAGCGAUCACGAAGAAGUCUGCAAAACGUUUUACCAUUUAUUUCUUCUUUUGGAUUCCAGCAUUGGAUCCGAAGUUUGGUCUCCAGAAAAUGAGCACCAAAGGCAGCCAACAACACCCUUCUCAGGAAUUUCAUCCUUCAAUUUCAAGUUUUCAAAUGAUAACAGCAGCAACAAUAAUCGCAGCCUCAAUGCGGCAUUGUUUGCUGCCUUGAUUGAAGCAAUGCCAUGUUGCUUGACUGUUUCAAGUUCUAUCCCCUUUAAGUCCACAAUUGAGAUUCUUGCGCGGAAUGCUGUUCACCGCAAUCUCUUAGUGGCGUCAAGUUCUCAAAGCGCUCUUAAGGCGCUAGCCUUGAAGAAAAACCCUUACACACUUAUCACUUGGUUCGCAAAGUACUCAUUUGAUUUUGACGAAAAGACGCAGUCUAGCUACAACAUGGCUUAUCUGUCAUCUCUAGAAUACCGCAAAUUACUCGUUCUUUAUAUUGAGCUUUUGCAGUGCUGGUUAAGUGAGUUUAAGGCGGAUGCAGAGAAGAAAGCUGCGGCUGAAACGAGUCUCGGUGGCCAUGGCCCUUCGAUUAUUGAUAACGAGGGCACCGACACCAAAGAUACAGAAAAAUAUGAAUGGAAAAACAUUGCUACAGUAAUCGAAGACGUUGAAGGGAAUGGCCUUUUUUUCCUUUGUUCUCACGAUCACACAAUUCGACGUUUGGCGAUACAAAUUCUGCGAAUUGUUUCCAAAUUCGAUGAGGCAAUGCUAGAGAAAACACACGGGCUAGAAAAAAACCAUGCAAGAUCAUCUUCGAGGUUUGUUGCAGAGAGCGGGACAAGGCUAAUAGAUUUACUUCAGAGUUACAACUAUUCCAAUCUUCUUGAAAGCAGGAAGGUGACUAUUAGCGUGGCUGAAAAAGCGCGGCUUGGGAAGCUCAACGCCAAAUACAAAAAUGGAAUACUCAUAAAACUUGCGGAAUCUGAUUAUGGUGUAGAUGCUGCACUCUGGAUGCGAGCGUUCCCAAAAUUACUUACCCUUGUUUUUGACCAGUCUCCAAUGACGAUGGCAUUAUGCCGGUCAAUCGUGUGCAUACGCUUGGUUCAACUUCAUGAAAUAGUCUUAUCCAUCGCAAGCAAUACCCUGAGCACACCCAAAGAAGUCUCUCCAGAGGUUAUUGUUAAUCAGUGGAAGCUAUAUCUUAUAGUCGCUUGCUCGUCGCUCACAUCAACUACUGACCAAAAGCUGCAUAUACCCACAACCAACUACCAGCAUGGGCGAAACAAAUCUCAGCAAAUUUUCACUGUCCAGCACCAGAAAAUCAAGUCCGCCACUUCUAUUUUCAAAAUGGUCUUACCGCUUCUAAACUGCGAGAACUCUUUUGUGAAAGACGCAAUCAUUACCGGUCUAAGCUCAAUGAAUGUGAAUAUAUUCAAAGCGUACCUGCAGAGCGUUGACAGGUUCCUUGGCAGCUGGAGGGUCGGAAGUUCCUCAAAUGGAAUGAGGGUUGAGAUGUUUCACAUCCUAGCAGUGCUAGCUCCAUUUUUUACUCAUGAAACAAUAAUUGAAGAUGAGUGGAUUUUAAGGAAGGUUUCACAAUAUCUGAAAGAUGCUAAAAAGUUUUUGGAGGAGAAGGAAGUUCAGACAUCUUUUAAUUACCAGCAGCUCCGCAGCUACUUUGCUAGCCUUUUAUCAAGCUUUUAUUUGGCAGUUAAGAACCUCCCGCUUGUCGAGGAUCUCUUUCCUUUUGAAGCACGGGCCUCUUGCUUUAAUUUCCUAAAAGAAUGGUGUGGCUAUGGCCAGUAUUCUUCGAUGUCUAAUGGGAGGUAUAACGAGAUGAGGAACAAGGAUGAGUUUAGACAUAACGGAACUUUGUCAACCGCGAUUGAAUUUCAAAAAUCGCGUCUUGAGCUCAUCACACUUGAAACAAUGGCAAACCUAUGUUGCGAUACUAUUACAAAAAAAAUCAACGACGUUCCUGGUUCACCAAUAAUCAUUUCAUUUGACAUUUCAGGCCUGAUUUGUUGGAUUGAUUCUCUAUUCGUUGCUCAGGACGAAAGGGUAUGCAAACUGGGAACAGUAGCUUUGAAAGGACUGCUUGAAAACAAUAAAGAAAAUGCUCAACUUUACAAAGACACUUUAAUGCAAUACUCUUUGCAUAAUCUCGACACAAGGGUUGCCACCCUAUACUAUACUGCGGUAUGUGCGUCACUUCUUGAGAUGGAAACAUUUAUCCUUCCUGAAGAUGACAUGGUCUCCCUGGGACUGAGCGGGAUCUAUAAUGAAAGCAGCGAGGUUCGCUCUUACUCAAUUGAUCUUCUUUCCGCGAUAGAAACAAAAAUCUACAAAUCAUCAUACACAAAAGUUUUCAAGGAAAGGCUUGCCAAUGAUUCAAAAACGGUCUACAAGUCGACUGCGAAAGAAAUAUCUACAAUUUUUGCAGAAAUUCCGUCAACCGAAGUUCGCCUUAAAAUAUUCUCAAUUAUGUGCCGCAGCAUUAAUUACCUGAAGUCAGAGCUCAAGCAGGACAUCUUGACCCUGCUUGUUCCAUGGGUCCAUAAGUUUACUCUCAAGUCAAUAGAAGAUGGAGGAACUUUCAUGAUAUUGAACAAUCUUUUCGCAAUGACCGUUGAGCACAACAAUAGAUACCCUAUGGAAAUCGAACAACUUUGGAUAUCCUUAGGUAAGGGAAACGGAUUUCAAAAUAUUCAUGUUGCUCUCGAUUACAUUUUGAUCACGUCAACAUCUUCAAGAAAUCCAACUUUUGUCAAGAGAGCUAAAGAUGUUGUUCUUUACUUGGCAAAUGUACCGGGCGGAAUGGGAGUCAUUGAUUCAUUUAUGAUUAACUUAGAGCCAAAACAUAUGAUACCAGAAACCGCUCCUUCCAAAAAAAAUCCGGCCGUCGAAGACAAAUAUGCAUAUGUGGCAAACGUUUGGAAACUUUUGGGCUACCGUGGUAGAGAAGUCGUUUUUUCAAAAGCUCAGCUUUCGAUAGUUUUUUUGGUGAAUCUUCUGACAAUCCCCAAUGAAUCAAUGUUGACCAAAGUCCCCCUGCUUUUACACAUUUGUUUUUCUCUUCUGGACCAUUACGUUCCCAUUAUACAAGAAAGCGCCGCUAAGAUCCUAUCUGAUUUGAUUUUUGGAUUGGUGCCGACGCAUGAGGAAUCCGAAGAAACUGUAGCAAUGAUCAAGGACCGGACACAAAUAUGGUCUUACGAUAAUUUGAUGAAAGACAAAAACGGUGCGCGAAGUCCAAAAGCUAUGGACUCUCUCAUCAGAAAUGUUGUCUCUUUGUUUUCUGAUUUUGAGACACUACAGCGAGACUGGCAAAAUAUAGCUUUAAAGUGGGCUACAUCCUGUCCAGUUAGGCACAUUGCUUGUCGGUCUUUCCAAAUAUUCAGAUCGCUGCUAACAUUUUUAGACAAGCAGAUGUUACGAGACAUGUUACACCGUCUUUCAAAUACAAUUUCAGAUGAAAAUCCUGAAAUACAAGGUUUUGCGAUGCAAAUCCUUAUGACACUAAACGCAGUCACGGCAGAGCUUAGUGCGGCAAAGCUAAUUGAUUUCCCUCAAAUGUUCUGGGCAUUGGUAGCGUGUCUGAACAGCGUCCAUGAGCAAGAAUUCAUUGAAGUACUUUCAAGUUUGACUAAGUUUGUAUCCAAGAUUGACUUAGAUUCUCCUGAUACUGUUCAGUGCUUGAUUGCGACCUUCCCGUCGUCUUGGGAAGGAAAAUUCGAUGGGCUUCAGCAAACCAUCAUGUGUGGUCUACGAUCAUCAAACUCAUGGGAUAUUGCUUUAGGCUUUCUCGACCGGUUAAACUUGUUCAAAGAUAGCAGAAUCAUUGCGAAUAGUGAAUCCAGAAUCCUUUUUGCUUUGCUUGCUAAUUUGCCUCGUUUUUUGAAUGCAAUGGACACCGACGAAUUCGAUGAUCAUUUGAAAAAGGCUGCAGAUUCACUUAUUGUUCUUGCGACCAGUAACAAUCAGCCCUCACUUGCUCGUUUGGUCGAUUCGCUUGCCAAGAAAAAGUUUCGUUCAAAAAAAGACUUUGUUAGUCAAACUGUGAGUUUUAUAUCAAGGGUUUACUUCCCGGAUUACUCCGCUCAAACCCUAGUUUUCCUACUAGGGCUUCUGUUCAACAAAAUUGAUUGGGUAAGGACACAAACUUUACAGCUGCUGGUUCAUAUCGUUCCGCUAAUAGAUUUGCGUCGCCCAGAAUUCGUUGGAGUCGGAGCAGAUCUAAUCUCUCCAGUUUUGAGACUCCUCCUAACAGAGUAUGAGUCUCAAGCCUUGGAAUUGCUAAAUUGCAUUCGAAACGUCUCCGGUAGUAAAAUGGACAAGGAUGUCUUAAGAAUAAGUAUGGGAAACAAGGACGCAAAAAUUGCUUACAGCAGAACCGCAACUUUGUUCGGUAUUCCGGAGGAGAGCGGCUGGUCCGUGCCAAUGCCAACAGUAACGGCAGCUACCACGCGUCACAACGUUCAUGCGGUUUUUAGCACAUGUUCAGACAAUUCCAGUGAUGAUCCAAUUCAACGUGAACCCGAUACUUUAAAAGACCUCGUGGAAUUCCAUGCGGAUGGAGGAUACGCAGCAGCAGCUGCGAUUGAGGCUUACGACACGAACUCUUUAGUUGAAGACAAGGACGGUUCUUUGAGCCAUAUGUGGGCGGAACUUGACAACCUUGAUACCUUCUUUACAACUGAAGCUGGGAUUACAGAACCUGACUUUGAUGGAAAGUUCCUCAAGCAUGCGCACACCAACUCUGAGGACACAAUGCAUGCUGACCAGACUAGCGCUCUCGACUGUGCGCCCCAACUUUAUGAUAAAAAGGUAUCUGUAAUCCUCAAUCACAGUUUGACGAGAACACCCUCGAAUGUCUCUUUCAAAACGAACCUAGCGGACUCAUUUGGGAACAGCAUGCAUGGCGGGCCUCAUGUGAUGGUGGAGAACCUAAGUUCGCACAGUCGUGCUAAUUCUGGUCCUAUACGUUCUAGCUCGGCCGGUAAUUAUUCCGGAGGCAGGAGCCAUUCAAAGGUAGCACAGACUGCAACACAUCAUGGUCUGGAAACAGUUUCUCCAGCACGACUUCGAAACCCCGAAAACCAAGAGCUCUUGUUUAGAUUUGAGGGAAUACUGAGAAACCCACAUAGAACAAAGAAAAAGUGGCAGAAGCAACAGCACCAACAGCAGCAGCUAUUGGCACAGAGCUUUCACGACGAAUCGGUGAAUUACCACUUUGAGAGGGAUUCUGCUACUUCUCUGCCUCAAGGUCUCGGUACUAAAGGAAGUCCACCCUUAUCACCCACGCUGUCUGACAGCAAUAAAAACAUCCCGACUGCUCUCAGAGAGGGGACAAAGAACAAGGGCUAUCAGCCCAAACCAAAAACCCAAAAGCAUCAUUAUCAUAUUCCACAUUUCUCUAGCCGCUUAUCAGAUGGAAAAUUAACUCCGCCGCUUUCGAGUUCCUCAAACGCGUUUUCUCUUCGCUCUUCACCUUCGCCAAGAUCUAGCAAGGCAUCGAACUCAAGCGCACCUGCUAGCUCACAAAGUCAGUUUUCCAGGAGGGUCAAAAGUGGGCAAGGUAAGUCUAAAUCAGGAAAUGGUGUAAUUGAAACAUCCCCUCUGAACCAAGGCACGCCAGUACAAAAGCUAAUGCAGGACAGAAAUCUUGAGGACGAUCUGCUCAUUGAGAAGCAAUUGCUUUCUUUGCAAGACGAGUUACAAAAUAGAUCUACUAGUAACGAACCCUCUUCUUAA